AUCUUCAUACCCUUUUCAAAUGGCCAGUAAUGCAGGGCAUCCAAUGGUGUGAUACAAUCACUGUCAGUGUGAAUGAAGCUUGAGACUGAAAUCCUAAUCAGCCCUUUCUAAACGUACAGCUUAUCUUUCCCGUCUCCUGAAAAUGUGCCAGAAAAGCUCAAAAGCUGAUUUUGGAGAAUUGACUCAUACCAAUUCGACAGGAAAAAGAGAGAAAGUCAGGCAAGUGUAGAAUAACCGAACUAAAGAAAGACACAGAGAGAAGAAAAACUGGGUCUUGAUUUCAGUAACUAGCUGAACUCAAGCCAACUCCUCCUCCAUUCUGGGUUCCUCCAUUUGCACAUUCAAUGCUCUUCCAUGCCUGUUACUCAGUACAAAUAAACAAGCUUAAUAAGGAUUUGGAAAUGCUGUAUGUGUGUGUGUGUGGUUGAGGUUACAGGUCACCGAAAAAGUUUCUUGUUUCAAAAGAAACAAAAGUUUGGUGGAUGGAAAGGAGGGGAAUGUUUCCACCACGCAGCGUGAAGUCCAACGAAAGGGGAGACGCUUUUGUUGUAUCCAGAACUCCCUAUCUUUACCAGAUGACACAGAAUGGGAGCCCGCCAAUGCCUGUAUAGUCCCAGCCUCUCGUCUCCAAACUUUUUUUUCCCCUCGUUCCAACUGCUUUUGGAUCGUUCCAGGACGGGGGGAAGUUCUUCUCCAAUUGUCUCAUGUGAAAGGGACGAAGAAAUCAACCCCUCCCUCUCUCCUGUUCUUCCCUCCCUUCCCUCGUCCUCUCUCUCUCCCUCUCUGUCCUUCUCUCCACCCCCUCCCCCCUGACAGAGCACACCUGCCUGAUCUUGGCUGCAGGCGUCCACACAAAGAUCUGCCCUCGGCCUGCCGCGCUGCACAUCGGCUCCAGCCCUCUCUGGAUUUGCGGAUCUUCGUCUACGCGCUCCUGCACGUACAGGCCUUCAUCAGCAACAUGAAAUCGGCCUGUCUCUCCCUGCUUUUGGUGUCCGUAUGCUGGGCUCUGCCCUUCCGUCAGUCUGGCUUCAUGGACUUCAUGAUGGAGGAUGAACCGGGCUCAGGGGAUGAAAAAUUGCCUGCGACUCGUAAACCACCCAUUCUGAUACAACCUUUUUUACCCGAUGGACCUGAGGGACCUUUCUGCCCCUUCCGGUGCCAGUGUCACCUGCGAGUGGCCCAGUGUUCUGAUCUAGGUCUGAAGAACGUUCCAGAAAAAAUUCCCCUUGAUACCACUCUCCUGGAUUUGCAGAACAACAAGAUCUCAGAGAUCAGAGAAAACGACUUCAAAGGCCUGAAGAGUCUCCAAACACUCAUCAUGGUCAACAAUAAGAUCACCAUUAUUCAUGCAAAGGCCUUUUCUUCUCUGAUCAACCUGGAGAGACUCUACCUGUCCAAGAACCUUCUGAAGGAAGUUCCUGCAAACAUACCGAAAAGCCUCCAGGAGCUGCGCAUUCACGAGAACCAGAUUAACAAGAUAAAGAAGACCUCCUUCUCCGGCAUGGCCAAUGUCAUCGUCAUGGAGCUGGGCUCUAACCCUCUGAGUAGCUCUGGAGUUGAUAAUGGUGCUUUUGCUGAUCUGAAGAGGGUCUCUUACAUACGAAUUGCUGACACCAACAUCACUGCCAUUCCCAAAGGUCUGCCCAGCUCUCUUUUUGAACUUCACUUGGAUGGAAACAAGAUCACUAAAGUGACCGCAGACAGUCUGAAGGGCCUGAAGAACCUGUCCAAGCUUGGUCUAAGCCAUAAUGAGAUCAGUGUGGUGGAGAACGGCUCUCUGGCCAAUGUGCCUCACCUGAGGGAGCUUCACCUGGACAAUAACGUGCUCACUACGAUCCCGUCCGGCCUGCCAGAACACAAAUACAUUCAGGUGAUCUACCUUCACGCCAACAAGAUUGCGACUGUGGGAACCGAGGACUUCUGCCCACCCGGCUAUAAUACAAAGAAGGCCAUGUACUCGGGCAUUAGCCUGUUCAGCAAUCCAGUGCCCUAUUGGGAGGUCCAGCCAAUCACCUUCCGCUGUGUUUUCGACCGCUCGGCCAUUCAACUGGGCAACUACAGGAAGAAAUAGAGCGUCCAAUCAGACGGCUCAGUCACUGUUUUCAUCCCGCCCCUUCCUGUCUGGCCUAAUCCUUUCAAGCACAUAACUUAGUCUGAAUGUCAUAUCUCAGUUAACUCGAAAUAAACUACAAUUCCAUUUUCAACAUGCACUUUACUGGACAGAUAUCACAUGAUACUUUCAAAUAGCCAAAUGCAUAUCAGUAUUGUACUGAACAUACACAAUGUGUUGCUAUAAGUGCAGUUUAUGCAAAGGAGAAGCGAAAUUGUACAAAGUUUCGAAAUAAAGUAAAGCCAUGACCACUUAGAAUAUCCAAUAGCGCAAAUCGCCCAGACGAAAUGAUGUUUUUCGAAGGUCCGUCUCGGAUCUUCUAUGUUUUCCGCUGGCCUGCGGAGCGGGCAGCAAGGGGUUAACAAUUAACAAAAGCUUGUAUGCUAGAAUGUACUCAGUUAUUACUUUCCGUGUAGCGCUACUUCAGAUCGUUGGUUCCCUCGUAAUCAAUUGAAAUGGGAGAAAACAGGGAGCUGGGCUGUACGAGUUUCUCUUCGUCUCAAUGUUUCGGUGACAUUUGCGCUCAUUAGUUUCCUUGGAUCCCGUCUUCUCUGUCCAGUUCAACGUAGCGCUUCGAGACGUAGAAUACACUAUUGUCAUUUCCACGAAAACGAUUCCCCGACGUAUACGCAUGCUUUUUCUACUCAGCUUCUCAAAGACUGUGGUGUUUUGUGCGAGUGUGUGUGUUUCUUUCUUUUUUUGUGUGUGUGUGUUUGUUGAUCGUCUGUGUUUCAGUCUGGAAGGAUCGGGAGGGAGACGGCGGACGUGGACACCUCCUGCUUUCAUGAGAGUCAUGAAUGUCUCUUGUAUAGACGCUGUAUAUAAAUGCUGUAUAAAAGAAUCCUAUCAAUGCUUUGAAGCACAAGCACUUACAGUAGUUUGGACUUUAAUAUAUCGGCAAAUAAAGGUAAUCCCUUUCUCUCUCUCUUUCUCUCUCUCUGUCCAAUGAGGGCUCCGACACAGGUGUCUUUUGAACCAAAUAAACAGUCAAAUCUCUCA